AUGGGCAAGCAGGUGUGUGUCAACGUUCCUGAUGCAUCUUUAGAGCUAACUGCGGGAAACAUUAGGUUCAAAGGAUCAAAGGUAAAUUUAGACAAUUAAAGAUAAUUUACUUUAAAACCAUCCAAGUUUUGAUUUUUUCUUAGUAUGCCACUGCCUAUUAUGAAGGUACAUUAUUGUCACCUAUAAAAUAUUUUGAAAUUACUGCAGAAAGAUUUGAAAAACAGAAAUUUGCUUAAAAAAUAUUGGAUUGUUUGGAUUUUUGCUUUAGGUAACCCUUUAUCAUAUCAAUAAAAAUGAAAAUAGUAAUAAAAAUAAAAAUAGAAAUAAAAAUGAAAAUAGUAAUUAAAAUAAAAUUAAUAAUAAAAAUGAAACUAGUUUAUUUAAAUUAAAAUAGUAAUAAAAAUGAAAUUAGUAAUAAAAAUAGUAAUUAAAAUAAAAAUAGUAAUUAAAAUUAAAGUAGUAAUAAAAAUAGGAAUCCUACCAUACUGACUAAUGUUGAAUGCCAGUGAGCAUUUAACUACUCAUGGAGAAUUAUACAAGACGUGACAUUUUAAAAAAAAAACAGCAACAAAACUGUUGAUUGCCACUACAAAUGUAUAAAUUUACAGUUGUUUAAGAGGUGUUGUUGAUAUCUUUCCUGAAGGCCAGGACAUACGUCAAAUUUUCAUUUGGGUAUGUGACAUCAAUCAAGCCAUCUGUUGAAUUCUGUGCCAGUGAGUUCAAAGAAUACACCUACGAAGAACUUCCUAGAAAGUUUGAGAGAGUCCAGCAGGAGGUUGUGGACUUGGGCUGUGAGAUAGUCAACUAC